AUACGUUCAGAUUAUACAAAAAUGCUUUCUACUGCAGUAUCAAGUGUUUUACGAAGUGUGUUAGAAAAUGAUGAUAAUACUGAUAAAAAUAACAUUUAUUUAGAUAAUAUUUUAGAUCUUAAUGCAUCAGAAUUUUUAGAAGGUCUUGAUGAAUUUAUUGAAGAUUCAGAUAUUAAUUUAGAAGAGGAAGCCAAUAAUGAUAAAAUAAAUCAAGAGGAAAUUGAUGAGGAUUGGGAUCCUAAAUUAGCA